AUGGCGCACAUCCGACGACAAGAUGCCUUCGAUGACUCCGACUACGUUUCAUGUCCCGUUGGAGGAGAGUGGUGGAAGUGCGAAGACGUCAACUACCCGACCUUCAUAGGAUGCUGCUCGAGUAAUCCAUGUUCCGGUCAAAUGUGUCCGGAAGAAGAUCUAUAUCCCCUGGGUUUCGGUUCUGUCACGGCUCCGACCCCCGACUAUCCAAAUCAUUCCUGUCCGUAUGGCGGACUCUGGUAUACCUGUGCAGCGAACACUGUGCCCUUUCAGGGUUGUUGCGAGAGCAACCCAUGCAACGGGCAAGGUUGUCCAGCAUCGGACUUGCGAGCAGCGGCCGUACACACCGUCGUGGUGGCGGGAACGUCAACGUUCACUGUUCCUUCCUCGGUCGCGACGAAAAGUCCAACUACAACCACUUCCACAACAGACACUACGACAACAUCGGAGCCGACGGGAGAGGGUUCAACGUCAGCCUCUUCUGAGUCAGUCUCGGAAUCCAUCGAUGUAGCUGCGAUAGCUGGUGGCGCCGCAGCUGUUACAGUUGUCCUGACAAUCAUCCUAGGAGUGCUGAUCUGUUGGCUUGUUCGAAGGAAGAGGAUGAGACUAGCAGAGAUCAAUUCUGCUCAAGCUGGGACGGCGCCGCAAGACCCAAAGCCGUUCUACAAAGAUCCUUUUGGCGCGAUUAUCUCCCCACUUCCUCGAUACAGCCGACGACCUCCAUCUUUUGGAUACUCUCAGGCACCUUUCUCUCCCGCUCCCACGUAUCAGUCCGCACAUGUCACUCAUCCUCCCCACACCGAACCUCAAGAAGUCAUGGGUCUUGGCCUGUCAGAAGUCGAGUUCAAUCGCCGCGCCAAGUCAAGAUCUCCAGCAAACCACCAUGUAGAUGGGCCUAUCGAGCUUGCGACUCAGCGCUUCUCUGCCACCAAUCCCGAGGCUGAGGCCAAGAGCCCUCUUCUAGAAGCACGGCCGAAGCAGAAACCCAAGCCUAACUCCAGGGCAAAAAGAGAAAAUGAGGACACGCACCCGAGGCAGUCACGGCUGCGGAGUCGCGCAGCACUGGUGGAUUUGCGCGCACAGGCAUCCAGAAGUCCCUCGAGGGGUCCGGCAGAAGGAUUCGGGCCGAAUGAUUGA